GAACAAAAUCCUCAUCUCAAAACUUGUUUCCGAUGUGGGACUCUGGCUUUUACCAAUUUUUUCUCUUUAGUUAUCGAACAUUUAUUAUUCUAGAAAACCUAAGAAAUUAGUGUCGCAGCCGCACCGGAGAGAAAAAUGGCGACUACAACUUCGUCUUCUUCGUCUGUUCGCGAAUUCGAGCUUGAGAAGGAGAUAAAGAGGCAAGAGGUUUCGUUAGAUGAAUUGAGCAGUCUCUCUUCUUCUCGAAGUGUCUACCAGAAAAAUGGUAACCUCUUCUUCCUCACAUCUACCGAGAAAGCGAAAACCUCUGCGCAGAAACAACUUGACUACGCUAAAUCUGAAAUCGACAAGAUUCGUUCGCAGACAUAAACAAUAAAGCUUUGUAGAUGCU